AUGCCCAUAUUCGGCCAGUGCCCCGCACAGGAUGACUUCUACCUGGUGAUGUGCAGCCAAUGCAGCCAGGUAGUCAAGCCCCAAGCCUUCCAAGCACACUACGAGAAGACACAGUUCGGCCAGCAAGCCAGCCUCAACCUCCCCCUUCCCAGUGUCGGGCAGGAGCAGGACCAUCCCUCCUCCUCCAAUCCCAAACUCCUCAAACCAGCCAAAGAGAAGCUGCCAGCCAUUCAGCGAAGAACCCCCUUUGCACCCUUCAGGACACCUCAGCUGGACAAGAUCCUCACCCCGGCUGUCAAGGUGGAGAAGAUGCAUCUGAGGGUGGACACGUCAGCUAAGCUGGUGCAGGCCCCAUCUGCCCCAGCCACCACCUCAUCCUCCUCUGCAUCCUCCUCUAGCACCACUGUGAGCUCCAACACUACCACCAUCACCACAUCCUCCUCCUCAUCCUCAGCCCUUAAACCAGGCCUUAACUGUCCCUCCAUACCAAAGCCUUCAUUACCGGCCCCGGGUCCGAUUCCCAACGGCAAGGGCCACCUCUCAGUCCUCCCAGACAAGAAGCAGGACAGCAGCAGCAGUGCCAGUAGCAGACGCCACCUUAACAAGAAAUUGACAGAACGUGAGUUCAAUGCAGAUAUCCACUGUGGCGUUGUGGAUAUGACUGCUCGGAAACCAUGCACAAGAUCUCUAACAUGCAAG